GUGAAUUUUAAGUAAUUUGUGCUGAAUUUGAGCAGCUCGCAUAUCGCCCGCAGCAGAGUGGUAGUGUUCUCUCGUCGACUCAGUAGAACCGGUUGUGACCAUGGAUGAGUUAAAGGGCCUCCUCGGUGGGGCUGGUAGGCAGUUGUUCGAUGCGGCCGGCCAAGCGAUAACCAGCGCCGCCACGGAGUACAUCGGAAACGUCAUCAACGAGAUGUUCGUCAAAAAAGAAUCCGACACCAAGCGCUUCCUGCCGAGCAUUAAGAACAUGAAAGUGCUCGGGGAACGUGCAGUGGGCUCGCGAUCCAGUGCCGAUGUGCAGGACUUUUACCAGAUUCGCCAAGAGUGCCUCGAGAGCGGGUCCCUUUUCGAGGAUCCCGAGUUCCCGGCAACUGCUUCCUCGCUGCUGUACUCGAAGCGACCCGAUCGGCACUACGAGUGGCUGCGUCCGCACGAGAUUUGCGAUAAUCCGGAGUUCUUCGUCGAAGGCUUCUCGCGGUUCGAUGUGCAGCAGGGUGAGCUGGGCGACUGCUGGCUGCUGGCCGCGUGCGCCAACCUGACGCAGGAUCAGAAGAUGUUCCUGCGCGUUGUGCCGGAGGAUAACAGCUUCGAGGACGAGUAUGCCGGUGUGUUCCACUUCCGCUUCUGGCAGUACGGCAAGUGGGUGGACGUGGUGAUCGACGACCGUCUGCCGACGUACCGUGGGCAGCUCAUCUACAUGCGCUCGUCGGAGCAAAACGAGUUCUGGAGCGCCCUGCUUGAAAAAGCGUAUGCCAAGCUGCACGGUUCGUACGAGUCCCUGCGCGGUGGCACGACGUGCGAAGCGAUGGAAGAUUUCACCGGCGGUGUGGCGGAAAUGUACGAUCUGAAGGAUCAAACGCCACCGAACUUGUUCGAGAUCAUCGAGAAGGGCUUCAAGCGUAACUCGAUGUUUGGCUGCAGCAUUGAGGCGGAUCCGCACGUGCUGGAAGCGGAGACCCCCGAGGGUCUGAUUCGAGGCCACGCGUACUCCAUCACGAAGAUUCAGCUCGUGGACAUUGAGACGCCGGGUCGCUCGGGGAGGAUUCCACUGAUUCGCCUGCGCAACCCGUGGGGUAACGAGGCCGAGUGGAACGGCCCGUGGAGUGACAAGUCCGCCGAAUGGCGCUACAUCCCGGACGCGCAGAAGGAGGAGCUGGGCCUAAACUUUGAUCACGAUGGCGAGUUUUGGAUGUCGUACCGUGAUUUUACGCGCUACUUCGACCGAAUGGAGAUCUGCAACUUGAGUCCGGACUCGCUGAGUGACGAUCAGCUGAACCGUGGCAAGAUACGCUGGGAAAUGUCAAUGUUCGAGGGCGAAUGGGCCAUCGGCAGUACGGCGGGCGGGUGCCGCAACUACCUCGAUACCUUCUGGCACAAUCCGCAGUACGUAAUGCGACUGGACGACCCGGACGAGGACGAUGCGGAGGGUAACUGUACCGUGAUCAUUGCACUGCUGCAAAAGAAUCGACGAUCGCGCCGAAACAUGGGCGUCGAGUGCCUGACGAUCGGUUUUGCGGUGUACCGUGUAACGGAGCGCGAUCUGGCGCAGAAGCCACUGAAGAUGAACUUUUUCAAGUACAACGCUUCGGCCGCCCGCUCGCCGGCCUUUAUCAAUCUGCGUGAAGUUAGCUGCCGGUUCAAGCUUCCGCCCGGUUCGUAUGUCAUCGUUCCGUCCACCUUCGAGCCGAACGAGGAAGGCGAAUUCAUUAUCCGUGUGUUCUCCGAAACUGCCAACGGUAUGAUGGAGAACGAUGAGCAUGUCGGUGUCGGCGACCUCGAUGAUCGGAUUGCACCGGACGACCCCGGCUUUCACCAACCGUCGCCGCAGCGACAAGCCAUGGAACGUCUGUUCCUGGAUGUGGCCGGCGAGGACGGUGAGGUCGAUUGGGUCGAGCUGAAACGCAUUCUCGAUCACUCCUUCCGCGACGAUCUACCGAAAACGUCUUCACUGAACGGACUAAACCGCCAGACGUACGCAUCGACGCAGAACGCGGACGGUCCGGGUGGUCCUGGUGGCCCGGGGGGUCUCGAGGAUCUGCUGGGUAUGCUGAUGAACAUGUGCUGCAAAGGAGUGCUUGGCGGCGGCGAGGACACCAACGGCAACCGUCCGGCCAAUUUGGAAAGCCAGAUCGUACCGACCCAGCCGCUGCACGAUAACAUUUCGGCCGAAGGCUUCUCGAAAGACGUUUGCCGGGCGAUGGUGGCCAUGCUGGACGUGGACCACACGGGUAAGCUCGGUUUCGACGAGUUCCAGCAGCUGCUGACCGACAUUGCCAAGUGGAAGGCUGUCUUCAAGCUGUACGAUACGCAAGGUUCCGGACGAUUGAGCGCGUUCCAGUUGCGCGACGCGCUCAACUCGGCCGGCUACCAUCUGAACAAUCGCAUCCUGAACGCGUUGGUCCAUCGGUACGGUUCGCGCAGUGGAACGAUCCCGUUCGAUGACUUCAUUAUGUGUGCCGUCAAGAUUAAAACCAUGAUCGAAAUCUUCCGCGAACGAGACACCGAUGGGUCCAAUCAGGCCACGUUCACCAUGGACGAUUGGGUCGAGAAAACACUGUAUUCUUAGACGGCCGCAAGUGUCCGGGGCCGGGCUCCUCUCGCAUUUCGUUCUAUACAUAAAAAGCUUUCCACUCUCCUCUCGAAAUCGCUCGAAAUAAUCGAUCAUUAUUGUGUUGUGUAAUGCGAUCGCUAUAAGGAUACCCACCAUCACACAUACACGCGCAUGUGUUGACUAGUAAUUAGUUGAGCGACAAUGGGGUCCCCAUUGUUCUCCGUUGGUGUUACCCAUUUACUUAACCAUAAUUUACAUCCACCUCUGUUUGCCGGAAUCAAAGAUUCCACUCCUUAAUGCCAGUUACGAAACGGAACAAGCUACAUCCGGAGGAUUCUUUGCUGCCCCUUGAUUGGCCAAGAAACAGAAAUUAUUUGAGGCAUUUUUCUAAAUUUUUGGCGGCUUCUUUAUUUAUUGAUAUAUUUUAACAAACAACAAAUACGAUGGAUCACGCGCACCUCAGCCAUUUACGGCGUAAUAAUUCGAUUUUAGAUCCAUUGAAGUCUUUGAAGGCGCGCUUGCGGGGCCUUUUAUUUAAGUGUUAAACGUAUCAUCGAAGAUCGAUAUUUUAAACGAUAUAAUAAAAUUGUAUUU